CUAUUUUGUGUUAAUUGUUUAUUUUUUUUUGGUUUGUUUUGUAGCUGAUGAAGGCCUCGUGGCCCAAACGUCCUUUGUUUUACUUGGUCCGGCAGGGUUACAUUUAUGCAUGUUUUUCGUAUUUUCUAUACAUUCUUUUUAUCAACUGUUAGUUCUAAACUAGAUCUAUGUUGAAAUAGUGAUGUAGCAGCCCUUUAUAGGUGAUUGUUAACACAAUUAACACAUAGAAAUAGACAAUUUUUAGAUAUCUAUGACAUAUCCAGCUCUGUUGCAUUGUGAUUGUCGUGCUGUAUUCGCGCAGGACUGUCGUUCGGUCUUCUCAAUGGUUCUGCGUUCAUCCCCUGCCCGUUUCUAUAUACCCCUUCGUCCUGCUGGAGAUUUGGACUAGGAAGUAGAUCAUCUUUAGCUCUGAAACAUGUAUAAUAUAUUUAUAAUGUCAAUGUCUUCGAUAUUCAAAAUUAAAGACGAGUGCAGUGUUUCACUUAUAACAUAUUUCAAACAUGUAUAAUAGAAUCAUAGGUGGUACUUCAAAAUAAUUUAUAGGUCAGUUAAGUUACGUUGCUGAAGAACUCUUCUGAAAGAAAAAAUUAGACUAAAUCAUUAAUAUGGCGACUAUUGUUUACUUCUAUCAUAGAUGAUACUAAUGAUAGUGUUAUAAUAAGUCUAGUUAUUUAGUGAAGCAGUCGAUAACUUCUUUACUUAAGGAUCUAGAACUACUUUGGACACAUUGACAGUAAUGGUGAUAUAUGUCAAACCAUCAUCAGAAGAUAUAAAGUCGCCAUUGUUGACAGAAAACAUGCCUUCAAGAAGCAGUAAUAUUUUCAGAAAAAUCCUCGCUACUGUGGAGAUACUCCUUCGGCUGGCUUUGAUGAUAGUAUCCAGAUUUUGGAAAAUGUGCACAACAGGACUAUUAAUUGUUACAUUACUCUUUUGGACAGAGGGAGGCACAUAUGCAUUUUGCUUUUUUGUUUUAGGGGUAUUUGGACUUUUAUACCAUGCACAAGAUAUGCUACUUUACCACCCUGAAUCACCCCCAGAUUCAAGAUUGAUGGUCAUCACCCCUGAAGCAUUUCAAAUGCCAUAUGAAAAUCAUUUCAUUCGAACAAAAGAUGGUACUCGAAUAAAUGUAGUUCUUAUAAAACAGAUGCAGAGAUCUACUUUAACAGUUAUAUUCUUUCAUGGCAAUGCAGGCAAUAUAGGUCACAGGCUUCAGAAUGCAUUAGGACUCUAUUCCAUAUUAAAUGCUAAUAUUUUGAUGGUGGAGUACAGAGGAUAUGGAAAGAGUGAAGGAGGUCCUAGUGAAUCAGGUUUGUAUCAGGAUGCAGAAGCUGCAAUGGACUUCCUUCUCAAACGUUCCGAUAUAGAUCAAACACAAAUUGUACUCUUUGGAAGAUCCCUUGGUGGUGCAGUGGCUAUAUACUUAGCAUCGUCCCCUUUCUAUGGGCCCAAGAUUGCUGCUGUUGUUCUGGAGAAUACAUUCACGUCACUGUAUGACAUGAGCCACAAAAUUCUGAGGCUUUCUUGUAUCAAGUACAUACCACGAUUGUGCUAUAAGAAUAAAUUCCCAUCACUUCAGAGAAUUGAACUAGUCUCUACACCCGCCUUUUUUCUCAGUGGAACCAUGGAUGAACUAGUGCCUCCUAAAAUGAUGAAAGAGCUAUACAAUAAAUGUAAUAGCAACUUUAAAAGGUUGGAGUUGUUUGCUAAUGGAACACAUAAUGAUACUUGGAUGUGUCCAGGAUACUAUGAAGCUUGGAUGAGGUUUAUCCCUGAGGCCCUUCGUCACCAGCCUGUGAUGUCCAGCAACCAGAAUUCAGGAUACACUCUUGGAUCUGUUAUAUCCUUAUGAAUUUGUUGGGAACCAAUGUUGUUCUAGGAUGGACCAAAGAACGUUAGAAUUCUUUAACAGUGUGCUUGUGUGUCUCAGCCAGGUGGAUCAAAAGGCAGAUGUUAUUUGAUGUUAUCAUUUCUCUCCUACUUUGUGUUGGAGAGAUUUCUGAAGUAUGACCAUGAAGGUGUUUAGCUUCUUAAUCCUUUCUGGCAGUACAUGUAUUUAAGUCAAUUAUGGGAUUAAAAUCCAAACGUAAAAUGUUAGUCUGGGCUGUUUAUACAAGAUUUUUUUUUAUUCUCAUUAUGAUGAAUUGCCAAUGAUCAGGUCCAAAUAUAACUAAGCUAACUUUACCUUUAACUUUACCUCUUUAUAUUUGGACAUAAGGGAAAUUAUUCAGUCAAUGCUUUUAGUAAAAAUUAUUCACAAAGAUUUUUUUAAAGACAAUUAACUUCUACAAUAAAUUCAAUAAUGAAAGGAAAGUUUGCCACCAGAGGUCUCAGUCUUCUUAAUGACCAUAUUGCUGUAAAGUUAACAUUAGAGCAAGCUGCACAUUCCCUUUAAUUCAGUGUUGAGAUAUUGUCAUAUUUGAAGUUAAAAACCAUUGGACUAUUUUUAUCUUAAAUUAAAUUAUUUCAUACGGAUUCUGGUUUUGUUUGACCUAUUAUUAUUAUUUAAUAACCUGUUUUAUGUGGAAAGUGAUAUGGAUCAAUGCAUUAGAAAUACUUUCAGAUGUGAUCUUUCUUUUUUUUUCUUUGUUCUGCAGCAAAAUAUCUAAUCCAUGAAUUUAGCUGAAAAUUAUUUAUUAGUCAAUUUCAUGCACAAAUGUAUCCAUUUUUAGUUGCUAUGCUAAACUGAGGUAUAAUCCUUUAGGUACCGCAAGCCAAUUACUUUUCAAGUUUUGUGAAUAAAUUUUUUAAAAUGCUAGUCGACAUUGCAUCUUGAAAAAUUAAUGGUCUUACUUGGUUCUUAUUGUGUUUUUAUAAAUUAUAAGGUUUGCUAUGGAUUUUUAAAGGAUGGGGUGGCAAGAGGAGUGAAGUUGCCUUAUGAAAGGUACUGAGUUUGAAUCUUGGGGAAGAUCAAGCCUUGGAACUUAAGUGCCUGAUUACAAGCAUGUAGAGAAACUUGCUUUGCCCUAGUACAAGAGGCGGGUCUAGCUCUUGCAGUCACUAAUGUCUUUACUUUAUGGUGUUUUAGUCAUCUGAAGGGAGCUUGACUAUUGUUUUGUCUUCCUUUGACAACAUUUCAUCAGCAUUAACUCUUUUGUCAUCUUUUUCCUUAGUGCAAUACAUGCAUUAGAUUACUUCAUAUUUGGUCAAUGCUUUUCCUAAUUCAGUGGCAAAAUAAGCUCCCUAAAGUUAAUCAAAAUUGAUUGCACUCAAAAUAUUUUCUAGAAGUAAAAAAAAAAAGGCCAAAUGUUUUUCAUUACAAUGAAAUGUAAUUUGAUUGUAUGUUUUACUAUAUUAAGUUGUCAGGUGGUCAAAUAAUAUACAACUGUUGCAACUUUUAUAUGACAAGGAAAACUGUAACUUUUUGGGUAAUGGCUAUUCUUUGAAGAGCCACUUUUAUUUUAUAGUGGAAAAGGAAUAACCAGAAAAAAAUGUUGCAGGUUCACUGUUAAUGAAAUAUCUGUUGUAAAAUACUUUAUUUUUAUUUCUGUGUGUCUUAUAAUUGUUUCUAAACAUAUCAAGCUAAUGUCCCAGUAUUGUUUGAUUGGCCAGAUCUGCAUUUGUGACCUUUUAAGACAAAAAAUGGACACACCAAAACAAGUUUUGGGAUUCAGGUUGAUCUAUGCUUUGCCUUGCACUUUAAAGCAAUACAUUUUGAUGGAACCAUUAAACUAGCCAAUAAUAUAUAAUUAAUGGACGUUUCUACUGGGGUCAUUACUUGCUUCCAUUUAGUAAGUUGACACUUGGAGGUUAAAAUACAUAUAAGUUGCAAGUUGUUAUUACAAAAUAAUGACCUUGUUUUUUGUCACAUUCAUCUUUGUAUUAGUAGAAAAAAGAAAAAAAAAAUAUCUUGGAAUUGGUAGGAAUGUUGGCAGAUUAAUCCUUCCAGUAUUAGCUGCCUUUUUUUUUUUUCUUUGCAAAGGUGCAAAGGUUAGCUGAUGCAGAAAUGUUCCCUUUUUUUUUUGUGUGCUCUAGCUUCCCUAAUUUAUACAUUUCCACCGAUCCAUCAGUACCUAGUGAUUCUUUUUUCAUCAUUAUGUUUAUGAAAAAUAAGCAAAAUAAAUUAUACAAUUUUAGAUAUCCUAUGUAUUUCAUUGUUUGAAUUCAUACCUUUUUAUAGUAAACACUUCAGUUAAUAAAGAUCAGCUCUUAUGUUUACUCAAUAAAUUUUCAAAUAAAACAAACAUUUUGAAAUAUUUUUUUUUGUUAUUUAUAUUCAAACAAGUAUUUAAUGUACUUUUUUUCUUGGCAUUUUGUAUUUGAUUUUGUACAUAUAAAAGUUCCAAUUUUUCUCUUGUUGUAUAUUUUCUGUUUUAAUUGCAAUUAGAAACAUUGGUUUUAAAAAUUAACUUAAGAUAAGAUAGAUAAGAUAAUUUUUAUUGGUACAAUCAAAUGGAAAAUUCAGUUUGACUUCACUGGACCACCUCAGCGUAGCUACUGUAACAAUAACAAAAUAGAUGCAAUUCGAAGUUCUUUAACACAAUGUAUCACUGACUAAAUUGUCAGAGCUAUACCAAGUUUCAUGAUUAAUGUAUAUCCACUUAAGUUUGAUUAGGGAUCUAUUGAUACAUUAAAGAUACCACAAAAGCAAAGCUUCGCACAUCAGCACUUCUUUAGCUUAGUAUUUAGCUUAGACUGGUGAAAGCUUUGUAUAUAAGCUAAAUAUAGACUAAAGGUUUCGUUGGAUUAAAAUAACUGAUGAAUGUUUUGUAUAUAAGCUAAAUCAUAAUUGGUUUAAUGUGGGUGUAAUUAUAAAAGUAAAUUAACAUAAUUUAUGUAUAUUUCUGUAUAAUGAUUUAGAUGGUUCUAUAUUGGAUUUGUAAAUUAUAUCAUACUCAAACAGAACUCACAUGUAAGUCUCAUGACACAAUAAGGAUGUGUUUUUUUUUAUAGUUGGUUUCACUUAUAUAUUAUUAAACUAGUGAAAAUUACUUAUAAAUACAGAAACAGUUUUUUUCAAAGAGUGCAUUGCUUUCUUUCUGGUGCUAGCAUUCAAUAAAUAAAUAAAAAAAAAAACACUUUAUCUUGGCUGGGGCAUUUCUUGUCCUGCUCACAUCUAGAUCAGCUCUACUGGAAUAGGUUUUGUGGGAAACUUUUACUGUUAAAUUUGUCUUUAUACCAGUGCCUACAGCUAUUUGUUUUGUUGCACUGUUCCUCAAAUUUAGCCUCAUGGUUCACAGAUAAAAAACACAAAACAACAUAUGACUGUUUCAACUUGCCAGUGUUCUAAAAGCAAAGUGCAUUAUGUCUCACAGUAAUGAGGACCACUGUUCUCAUGUGUCUAAUAUUUUUAGUUUUCUUAUGGUUCCUGAUCACUGUUCAAUGACAAAAUAUGUUAUGUGGUAUUUAAGAAUUUUUGGUUUCUAGGUUUUUACUUAUAACAAUAUUGUUCAUGGGAAUUCAGCUCAUUUUGUUUUAAGUAUUGAUAACUUGAUUAUCAUCUUGCAAAGUUAAUUCAUAGGAGGUUGUGUGGCUGCAGGACUCUGGGUUUAAACUCUGGUGGAGUUCUAGAUUUCUUACAUGCUUAGGGUGAUCCUAAGUCUGCUCUGAUCAAAUGAGAAACCUAAGACAUUAGUUAAUAUAUGAUGGUGUACUUCCAUAAUAUGGUUUUAUAAUUACAGAUGAACUGGUCACAUGAUCUGUGCUUAGAAAGGGACAACCACUGUUUUCCAAAGAGUCCUUUAUGCUCACUUUAAAGAGGACAAAUUAAUGCAGAGUUAGGAUUAGGUUUGCUAUAGAAAAAUUUGUCAAUAUACAAUCAAAAAUUUUUUUUUAGCAAUUAAAUAUUGAUUAAGACAUUUGGAGACUUAGGAUUAAAAAAUAUGGCACAACUGCAGACAUUCCUUUAUUUAAAGAGGAUUGUAACCUAGUCAAUGAUUUUGGCAACCUAUUCCAUACUCUAACGGCACUCUGAAAGAAACAAGAUUACUUUUUUGAAAUUGUCCUAGCAUAUGGAAUAAGUAAUGUGCCUUUAUCAAUGUGUCUCUCAUGAAUCUUUUAUUAGGUUAUAUUUUUGUAUAUGCAAGUUAUGGUUAGUGUUUCAGGUAUUAUUGCUACUAUACAUUUUAUUCUUCUGUCCUGGAGGGUCUUUAAGUUUAGUGAUUCAACCAUUGGUGUUACUCUAGUUAAACGGAAGUGUUGACUUGUAUUAAAGCUCACAGUUCUUAGAUGUAUUCUAGUUUCUUUGUUUUGUUUAAUUGUGGGAUCCCUAAUACAAGACA